CUGAGCUUACAUCAGGAGGAGGAGGAGCAACAGUAGAGCACAUAAAAACCUUCCCACACGGUAAUUAACAUUUCAUAAUCAGACAGAUCGCAGAUAUUGAGGAGAUAAUCCGAAUCCAUUCGCCCUGAUGGCUCCUGUGAAGGUGGAGAAUCCAGAUGAGGCCAAGCCUACUCACAACACCAAGACCAAAGUAGUUACAGGACUGGAGAGUAUUGCUCCUCUUAUCAGCACAGUAGAAGAAACCCCUGAACAAAUCACUACUACAGUUCAAGGCACUAUCCCAUCAUGGAUCAAUGGUAAUUUCCUCCGCAAUGGACCAGGGAAGUUUGAGUUCGGAAAUACGCAAUACAACCACUGGUUUGAUGGGAUGGCGAUGCUUCACCAGUUUAAGAUCCAGAAGGGCCAGGUGACGUACAUGAGUCGGUUCCUGAACAGCGAGGCCUACAAGAAGAACAGCGAAAGGGAUCGGAUCAUGAUGUCGGAAUUUGGUACCCUGGCGAUGCCUGACCCGUGUAAGAACUUCUUCCAGAGGUUUCUCUCUCGCUUUGAGAUGAUUGUGCCUACAGACAAUGCAAGUGUGAGCUUUGUGAAAUACAAGGGUGACUACUAUGUCAGCACAGAGACAAAUUUCAUGCACAAAGUGAACCCAGAAAGCCUGGAAAUACUGGAAAAGGUUGAUUGGAGCAAGUUCAUUGCUGUGAAUGGAGCCACUGCUCAUCCACACUAUGACCCAGAUGGCACCGCCUACAAUAUGGGCAACUCGUAUGGAAGCAAAGGAGCACUGUACAACAUCAUCAAAGUACCCCCUGAGAAAACAGAAAGCAACGACACCCUGCAGGGAGCCAAAGUCCUCUGUUCAAUUGUUCCAGCAAACAAGUCCCAUCCCUCCUACUACCACAGCUUUGCCAUGUCUGAGAACUAUGUGAUUUUCAUCGAGCAGCCAAUUAAGAUGGACCUCCUGAAGAUCGUGACAUGCAAGAUAAGAGGAAAGGCUUUGAAUAAAGGCAUAUACUGGGAUCCAAAUCAGGAAACUGUCUUCCAUCUUGUUGACAAGCAUACGGGAGAGGUCAUUCCAAUGAAGUACUACACCAAAGCCUUCUCCACCUUCCAUCAGAUCAAUGCCUUCGAAGAGGACGGCCUCCUCAUGCUGGAUAUAUGCUGUGCAGAUGGCGGCCAAGCCAUCAGCAACUAUCUCAUCCAGAACUUACGCAAGUCAGGAGAGGCACUAGAUGAAAUUUAUAACACCACUGACAGGACCUUCCCUCGGCGGUUUGUUCUGCCCCUGAAUGUGACCAGAGACACCCCAACAGGCCAGAACCUGAACACUCGGCCCUCCAGCAGUGCAACAUGCAUCAAAAUCAGUGCUGACAAAGUGUUGUGCCAACACGAGGAUCUCCAUGGAGAUGAACUAUACAAAUACGGUGGCCUGGAGUUCCCUCAAAUCAACUACAGCAAAUUUAACACCAGACCAUAUCGCUACUUUUACGGCUGUGGCUUCAGACACAUGGUGGGAGACUCCCUGCUCAAAGUGGACUUGAAAGACAAGAUACUUAAGGUCUGGCAUCAGAAGGGUUUCUACCCAUCAGAGCCGGUGUUUGUGCCGUCGCCUGAUGCUGUGGAGGAAGAUGAUGGAGUCAUCCUGUCGGUGGUUCUCACAGUCUCACAGGAUAAAGGAAACUUUCUCCUAGUUUUGGAUGCAAAAACCUUUGAGGAGCUGGGAAGAGCCAACGUGCCUGUUAACAUGACUUACGGUUUCCAUGGUACCUUCUCUGCCUCUGCAUAAACCAGUGCCUACUAUAUUAAGGGGAUUAAAGUUAAAAUUACUGAAUAUAUUGCAAUUGGUACAAAUUAAGUAUUAAAAAAAUAAACACUAUGUGCCUUAUUCUACAAAGUUACUGUUACAAUAGACACUCACAUUAUUAGAUACACCUUCUACCAACACUGCCAUUAGAGCUGCCUUAAUACUUAAUAGCAGACAUUGAAGAAGGUGUCUAAUACAUUACUCAUAGAUUUCUGUCUAUAAACAUGAUGUCAGCUACACAUCCAUAAUGCAAUUCUUGCUGAAUGUAGCAGCUGAAAUAAAGACUCAUCGGACCAGGCAAUGUUCUCCUAAUCUCUUAUGGGUGUGUGUUGUUUUUAGCUGACAGCAUUGUGGUUUUCUGCAGCUGUAGCCCAACUGCUUUAAGCUUUAAUAUGUUGUAUGUUCAGAGAUGCUAUUCUGCAUAUACCUUGUUUGUAAUAAGCAGUGAGCUACUGCUGCCUUUCUAUAAUCUCAAACCAGUCUGACCAUUCUCCUCUGACCUCUGAAAUCAACAUGGCAUUUUUCUCUUCACAGUUGGUAUGACCCUGAGUUGCUGCAAUUUAAGCAAUUGAAAAAUGUGUACCUAACAAGGUGGCCUUUGAGUGUAUGUUUAACAGAUUCACCUUUGUUACUGACUAAUGUUGAUAUCAUAGUAUCUGCUUUCUUGAAGGUUUGCAUAUCAACCCAUUAAAUGAAAUAAAAUAGCCAUUCAUGAUAAUAUUCUUUUAUUUUUAUGCAUCAACUCAAAACUGACAAGUUUCCUUUGAUGAUACCCACACUUUAUUAUUAAACCUAUAAGCUGCUAAAGUCAGACAUUUUUAUAACAAAAUAUCUUUUAUUGCUUUUGUACUUAAAUAUUUGUAAUUACAUUUAUAUUUUCUGUCAGUAAAGGUUCAAUAAAAUAUAACUUUUACUUUCUAA